AUGCAAAAAAGUAAGAGGAAACAAGUUGUUGAAGAACAUUCUUCGGAGGAGGAAGAAAGUGAAGAGGAAGAAGAGCAACAAGAAGAGGAGGAAUCACAACAAGAUGAUCAUUCUUCGGAGGUGGAAGGGGAAGAAGUUGAUGAUGAUACUAAAAAAACAGAUGCUUUUAGACGAGAGUUGAGAGCCAAAAUCAUAGCCUCUGUCAACGAGGCUGACAAGAAUAUUGAAAAACUGACAAAGCCUGGUGAUAAGGAAAUCAUUCACAUGUUUGGCAAAAUGAAAGCAAUGGAAAAGAACAUUGUACACGCUAGAGAAGGAGCCUUGGAAUCAGCACUUUUUGAACAAUUAUCUAAACAUAGUAUUCAACAAUUGAAAGCAAUUACACUAGGAAAAGAAUGGGAUCCAACAGAUUUCUUGAUCAAAUUGGAUGAAAAGUUUGGAAAACAACGAGGAGGAACAAGAUCAAGUCGUGAUGAUUCGGAGGAUGCUACCUAUGAUAUCGAUUGGAAUAGUGUUGGAAGUAGUGUUACACACAUCUUUAAACGAACACCAACAGUGACAUUUAUGCAUGGACCUUUGUCAACUGAAAGAAAGGAAAGAAAGAAGAAGGAACGUACAAAGAGAACAAGAGAUGAAGUAACAGAAGAAAAACAAGCAGAGGAAUUUAAUGAGCAAUCUAAAGAGGAUGCUACCACUAGGGCUGUAGGAAAACUUUUCAAGACAAUGAAAAGUAAUUUAAAGAAACGAAAGGGAAAUGAACAACAGCUUUCACUGCCCGAUAUUGUAGUUGAUCCAACAUCAUUCUGUCACACUAUUGAAAACAUUUUCUACUUUUCUUUUCUAGUGAAGGAAGGAAAAGUGAGUUUGGAAUUAGAUAAGAAGGAUGGCCAGCUAAAGUCAAGGAUUAUUACUGAUGAAGGAGAAGAUGAAUCGAAGAGAAAUCAAUCCAUCAUGGCUCUCAAUUUGAACAUGUUUUACCAACUCGUACAAAAAACACAAGCCUAUAGUAAUAGUAAUAAUAACAACGGAGCUAGUAGUAGUAAUGUUGUUGAUGAUGGUGAAGAAGAAUAAAUUAUUAUUGUAUUUUAAUGUU